UUUCAAUCAGAAAUGGCGCAAGGUUUCUUAAGACUAGGCGAAGGAUUUUUAUGCACAGCGUAAUUCUGUGCUAGCACAUCGCAAAUAUAUAUUCGUUUUUAUACUGUACAUAACCUCGCUUACAAAAAUAAAAAUGCCUGCUGUUAAAGGUGAAGGAAUGCGAGGGCUUCAAGUUUUUAUCUCAGACAUUAGAGCAUGUAAAUCAAAGGAAGCAGAGAUGAAGAGAAUAAAUAAAGAGCUAGCAAAUAUUAGAUCAAAAUUUAAAGGAGACAAACAAAUGGAUGGCUACCAGAAAAAAAAAUAUGUGUGCAAAUUACUUUUUAUUUUUUUGCUUGGAAAUGAUAUUGAUUUUGGUCAUAUGGAAGCUGUCAAUCUUCUUUCUUCCAACAAGUACUCUGAGAAGCAAAUUGGCUACCUAUUUAUAUCUGUGCUAGUUGGUGCGAAUAGUGACUUGAUUAAACUAAUUAUACAAAAUAUAAAGAAUGACUUAAAUAGUAGUAAUCCAAUUUUUGUUUCACUUGCACUUCAUUGUAUCGCAAACAUUGGAAGUCAAGAAAUGGUAGAAGGUGUUGGUCAAGAUAUUUCAAAAAUACUCAUCUCAGGAGAAACAACUGAGUCUGUAAAGCAGUCUGCAGCUUUGUGUUUAGUAAAAUUGUUUCGUAUUAAUUCUUCUGUGGUCCCUAGUACUGCUGAAAUGGCAUCGAGAAUAUGUCAAAUGAUUAAUGAUGCAAACUUAGGUGUGGUUACAUCUGCAGUAAGCCUUAUUUUAGAAAUUGUUCAAAAGUCUCCUGAUGAUUAUAAAGGAUGUGUUAGUUUGGCAAUUAAUCGACUUUCAAAGAUAGUAACUUCCAAUGAUUUGAAAGAUUAUACAUAUUACUUUGUACCUGCUCCAUGGCUUACUGUUAAAUUAUUGAGAUUACUUCAAGUUUAUCCAGCACCUGAUGAAGCUACACUGUUGGGUAAAUUAACAGAUUGUUUAGAGACAAUUUUAAAUAAAGCGCAAGAACCCCCUAAGUCUAAAAAGGUUCAACAUCCUAACUCAAAAAAUGCUAUUUUGUUUGAAGCAAUCAAUCUAAUUAUUCAUCUGGACAGCGAUCAACAUUUAUUGAUAAGAGCAUGCAAUCAACUUGGUCUAUAUUUAACUCAUCGUGAGACUAAUUUAAGAUAUCUUGCAUUGGAAAGUUUGUGCACCAUGGCAAACUCAGAGUCUUCUGCAGAAGCUGUUAGAAAACAUCAAGAAACCGUCAUAACUGCAUUAAAGACAGAACGUGAUGUAAGUGUGCGUCAAAGAGCUGUUGAUUUGUUGUAUGUGAUGUGUGAUAGCAGCAAUGCUUCUGAAGUUGUCUCUGAAAUGCUAACUUACUUAAAGCAGGCUGAUUUCGCUAUACGUGAAGAAUUGGUUUUGAAAAUCGCUAUUCUUGCUGAAAAGUAUGCGACUGAUUACUCUUGGUAUGUAGACACAAUAUUAGAGUUAAUUCGUAUUGGAGGUGACUUUGUGGGAGAAGAGGUUUGGUAUCGUGUUAUACAAGUUAUUAUUAAUCGAGAUGAUAUACAAGGCUAUGCUGCCAAGACUGUUUUUGAAGCUAUUCAAGCUCAUGAUUGUCAUGAAAACAUGGUAAAGGUUGGAGGUUAUAUAUUAGGAGAGUUUGGAAACUUGAUAGCUGGUGAUCCGCGAUCAUCACCAGCAGUACAGUUCCAAUUACUUCAUCGAAAGUUUCCUCUUUCAACAGUGUCAACAAAGGCACUUUUGUUAUCAGCUUAUAUUAAGCUUAUCAAUUUAUUUCCUGAAAUCAAAGCUACUAUACAAGAAGUUUUGCGAUCUGAUGUAAAUGUUCGCAAUGCAGAUACUGAGUUACAACAACGUGCUGUUGAAUAUCUACAACUGAGUAAUAUUGCAACACAAGAUGUUUUAGCAACUGUUCUUGAGGAAAUGCCUCCAUUUCCAGAACGUGAAUCAUCACUUUUAGCAAAGUUAAAGAAGAAGAAGGGCGGUAAUGUAGAAAAAGAUGAUCUUGAACAACCAGUACCAGCUCCUGUAAAUCAUUCUGUGGUUUCAGAACCUCCACCAGCACCAAUCACUGUAGCAGCUCCGCAGAAUGUCGUCAGUAGAUUGCCAACAACAGCCCCAUCAUCAACUGGUACUUUGUUAGAUAUUUUUGAUUCUGAUCAUAGUGAGUCCCCGUUUUCAACAAAAGCAAUUACAAAUAAUUUAGAUAAGUUUGUUUGCAAAAAUAAUGGUAUUUUGUUUGAAAAUGAUGUCUUGCAAGUUGGUGUCAAGUCAGAAUAUAGAUUAAAUGUUGGUCGUCUAAGUGUAUUUUAUGGCAAUAAGACAUCUUUUCCGAUGACCAACUUCAGUUCUAAAGUUAAUUUGGAAGAACAAAAGGAACGAUUAAUAAUUGAAUUGCAGCCAAUAACCAAUGUAAUUGAUGGUGGUGCUCAAAUACAACAAGUCAUAAAAGUUGAAGCUAUACAAGAGUUUUCUGUUGUCCCUACACUUGAUUUCUCAUUUAUUAUUAAUGGUUUCUCCCAAGUUCUUCAAGUAAAGUUGCCUGUCUUCUUGAUAAAGUUUUCUACCCCUGCUGAAAUGUCUGUUGGUGAUUUCUUCACAAGAUGGAAAAGUCUUUCUGGACCGGGACAAGAAAGUCAAAAAGUUUUUAAUGCAAAUCAUCCCAUUGAUACAGAAUCUUCUAAACUAAAGCUUCUUGGUUGUAAUAUGGGAUUGUUAGACGGCAUUGAUCCUAAUCCAGACAAUUUUGUUACAGCUGGAAUUUUAAACACAAGAAACGCGCAGAUUGGUUAUUUAUUACGUUUAGAACCAAAUAUUCAAGCUAAGAUGUACAGAAUAACUAUACGUUCAUCUCGUGAUGGUGUUGCUGAUAUUCUUACAACUCUUCUAGUAGAUCAAUUUUAGCUUUGAUAAAAUUUGUAUCUGAUAUUCUGCACUUCGAUAAAUUACUCAUGGAAGGGAAUGAAUGUUACAUAAUAUAAUAGUCUCUGGAAGCGCAAUUUAAUAGAUUGAAAGGUGUUCCCUCUAAUUAUAAUUCAAUCAAAUUUUUUUUUAACUUAUUUCAUUUAAAACAUGAAUAAUUUAGGGUGUAAAAUAUGUGUAAUAAUAUAAUUUUGAUGAAUGUUAAAUAUUUUUUCUUUAAAUACUACAUUAAUGAUUUGCAUUUUUUGAUCGUAGUUUGAUGUUGAUUAAUUUUUUUUUUAUAUAUAUAUUUAUGAAAAAAUAGUAGAUUUUUUUUUUUUUUCUUUUCUUUUUUUACAAUUUUUUUAUCACCAAAAAAUAUAUUUCAAUAAUUAUAAUAUUUUCUACGGUGUUUAGAUCAUACAUCUGUAUAAAUGUUUGAGAUCAAUUGAUCGUAAAUGUCGUUUAACUCAAUUCUAAAUAGAAAAAAAAGAGUUGUUUUUGAUUU